AGGUUAGUAUCUAAGAAAGUGCACUUUGUAGUAUGAUUUUUAUAGACCCCACAUAGUCCACCAUUUAUUUACCUGCAUUCAGCCUUUGUUGGUGCGCUCUGUUGCAAAAUUCAAUGUAAUAUCAAUUUUUUUCCAUCUGAAUUUCCUCUUCAGCACCCACAGAUAGGACGCUGAAAAAAAAGUUGAUCAAAGAAUCAAGAAUCCCAGUUAAUGUUUUAUGUGCUUUCGUGUAAUUUAAUGUGGGGAAAUAAUUGACAAGCCAAUGAAAUAUAGGUUGUGGGGUUUUACUGCAGUGGUUAUCCACCAGAACAGAAUAAAAGUCAGAGAUUUCACACUGCCUACUGAUACUGAAAGACCAGCUGUCACUGGGAUGUACUGGUGGCCUUUAUUAGAAAAAGUCAGUUUGCUUUUUCUUUUGAGAUUCAUUGUUGGUCACAAGGAUCUGUCAUAAAUAUUCAAUGCUGACGUUGCAAAAUGUGGGAAAUUCACUGAGUUAAGUAUUGGUUAGAUGGACAGUUUGCUUUUUUUGUUUUUACUCUUUUUUUCCAAGUGUGUUGCCAUGGCACCCUGAACUGGUGCUGUUUGUAUGUGAGGUCUCUACGGAAUGGCUGUUAUGUUUGCAUCCUCGUUUGACUUCUGUGAGGAAUUCAUGAUGCAAGAUUAGCUGUAAAUCAAGAAAUCUUCCAUGUAAAUGUCAAAUACCAUCAGUUUUCUUUUUGUCAUAUAGUGUCUUAUGCAGUGAGUUUUGCAGAUAUGUUUUUGGUGUAGCAACAUGACUAAUGGUAUGAAGUUCAGUUAUAUAAACUAUCUCUGUUUUUUUUGUAUAAUCUUCAUCAAUCCCAUUUGGGAAUAUAAAUAUAUACUCACACAUUUCAAGGAUAAAGAUCUUGCCGGUAGUGAUGGAAUUAAUUGUUGCAAUGCUCACAUCUACUCACUAUCUCACUAUCAACUUGUGUGAAAAAUAUGGUUCCAUAGACACGUGACAUCAGUCUCAGGAACCAAUGGUCUGAAUCCUGUAAUUCUGCAGAUUCCCUGAGUCAUUCAGACAUAUAUGUCAAGGGGGUCACACUAAAACGUCCUGAGGAAUUUUGUCUCCUAAAAUUUUUCUGAAAUGCGUAAUUCAUAUUCGGGAGCACUUGAUAAACACUGGUAUUUACUUACUUACUUACUUACAUUUUUACUUACUUUUUUAAUGGGUUCUAUCUGAAUCAGAGAUCAUAAGCACUCAAAGUUUACAUGCUUUGUAAUGUAAUUCCACAUUUAAUUGCAUAAAAAUUAAUUUAACAUAAGUGCAAUGGUAUACCUGACAUCCUGCACAUCGAAAGCACUUUUGUCGUAAUUUUGCCCUACAAGGAAAACAACAUCCCCUAACUAGAGCCCACUAAUUCCCUGCUGACGGAUUUCUUCCUUUAAUCUUCCACCACGCCACAAGGGAUUAUUGUCAAAGUCCUCGCUGCCUGUUCCAUUUCUUGGACAUCACUACUCUAAUUGAUUUAUCCAUGGAGCAUGUGAAGUGAAAGGGACCUAACUGAGCAUGGAGUAUAACAGAGGCACAGUGUCCUUGGUCGCUUGGACAUUUGUGUUUUGUUUUAGCAAAGUUUGGGGAGGCCAGCAAAUAUACUGGGAUAACAUUACGCAGAUUUUGGAUGCGCUACUUCACAACUAUGACAACAGGCUGAGACCUGGAUUUGGAGGUCAUGUUGAUGAAAUCAAAACGGAUAUCUUUGUGAUUAGCUUUGGCCCAGUGUCGGACGUUGAAAUGGAGUACACUAUUGAUGUUUUCUUCCGUCAAACAUGGUUGGAUGAGAGACUGAGAUUUAAUGGGCCCGUUGACGUCCUGCACCUCAACAACCUCAUGGUCAACAGGAUCUGGACACCAGACACCUUCUUCAGAAAUGGAAAGAAGUGUAGAACCCACAGCAUGACUUCUCCAAACAAGAUGUUUCGCAUAAUGAAGAAUGGAACUGUCCUCUACACAAUGAGACUGACCAUCAAUGCGGAGUGUCCAAUGAGACUGAGGGACUUCCCAAUGGAUGGCCAUGUCUGCCCUCUCAAAUUUGGCAGCUAUGGCUAUGCAAACACCGAGGUCGUUUACACCUGGAUGAAGGGGCCGCUCUCAUUGGAUGUACCCAAAGAGUCAUCAAGCUUGCUGCAGUAUGACUUGGUGGGACAAACAUUAUCCAAUGAAACUCUGAGGCUGAACACAGGCGAAUACUCUGUGCAAGUAAUCUAUUUCAUGCUGGAGAGGAAACUGGGAUACUACCUCAUUCAGACAUACAUACCGCUGAUCAUGACUGUUGUGAUGUCACAAGUUGUGUUCUGGAUCAACAAAGAGUCCGUCCCGGCGCGAACCACGGCUGGCAUCACCGCUAUGCUGACCAUGACCACGCUGAGCAUUGGGGCCCGACACUCCCUGCCGAAGGUGUCCUACGCCACCGCCAUGGACUGGUUCAUUGCCGUCUGCUUCGCCUUUGUUUUUUUAGCCCUCAUUGAAUUUGCUGCCGUCAACUACUUCUCCACCAUGAGAGCCAACCAGGCGCUGCGGAGGGCUUCACGUGCGGCUGCUUUGGAAGCCACAGCUGUGGCGAGCGGCAGCGAGAAUGGGCCGGCACCGCCCCACAGCAAAAGCCCGAGGCGGAGGAAAAGCUUGCUGUUUUGCGGGGAGCAGCUAGGGGCUACGCGGUUGCCAGCCUUCCUCCUGCAGGACUCCGCCAUCCCAUCUGCACGCACCUACAUGACGGGCACCAGCACCAUCGACAAGUACGCCCGUCUGCUCUUCCCGCUGUCAUUCGGGGCGUUCAACCUCAUCUACUGGCUUGUUUACCUCACCAAGGACACCAUGGAGACCCCAAGGUGCCCCCUGCCUGAUACCCUGUGCUGGGCUGGUACCCCGUGCCAGGUGCCCCCUGCCUUAUACCCUGUGCAGGGCUGGUACCGCGUCCCAGGUGCCCCCUGCCUUAUACCCUGUGCUGGGCUGGUACCCCGUCCCAGGUGCCCCCUGCCUUAUACCCUGUGCUGGGCUGGUACCCCGUCCCAGGUGCCCCCUGCCUGA